AUGUGCUUCAACCUAAAGAAUGUCAUAGAGAAACUGGCAAGAGAUGGGCAACUAGAUUGGGACCUAGCUAAUAAAGCGGAUGAACCAAGAAAAAGUAGAAGGGAUGAAGAGGUCGGACGAGUUAAACGCUCACCUCACACCCCUAAGAGACAUGUCAAUAUGAUAAAUGGGGGAUUCGCAGGAGGAAGGAUCUCUAAAUCAUCUCGCAAAGGAUACCUUAAAGAGGUAUAUCAUGUUGGAGAAGGGGAUAGGUCACCCGACCUCCCCACUAUUAUCUUUACCCAAGAAGAUGCAACAAGCAUCAUCCCAGGGCAUAAUGAUCCCAUGGUUAUUACCAUCAUACUCGCCAACGCUAACCUCCAUCGAAUGUUGGUAGACCAAUGGAGCUCUGGAGAUAUCUUGUUCAAAUCAGCCUUCGACAAACUCGGCCUACAAGAAAAAGAGCUCAGAGCAUACUGGAAUAGCUUAUUCGGACUGGGGGACACCCGAAUUCAAACACUAGGAUACAUCUUACUGCAUACAACCUUUGGAAAGGGAACUCUAUCAAGGACAUUGAGCAUAGAUUACAUUGUAGUCGACGUGAGCUCAGCUUAUAAUGCCCUAGUAGGUCGAACAACGCUGAACCAACUUACCGCUGGCAACCCUAGAGGAGAGGAAAUCAACACCAUCGAAUUCGGGGGAGUUCGAGUUCAUGAAGAACUUUGUCCACAGCCUGAAGGUGAGACCGAAGAGGUUCAGAUCAGGGAUGCCCAGAAUAAAAUAACAAAUAUAGGGGCAACUUUAAAGAGAGACUUAAAGGAACCGCUGAUACAGUUCCUAAUGGAUAAUGCUGAUCUCUUUGCAUGGAAUGCCGCAGACAUGCCCGAUAUAGAUCCCAAGUUAAUGUGCUAUAAACUAGCAGUAUAUCCCGGAUCUCGGCCAGUACAACAGAAGCGUAGGAAGCUCGGCCCAGAAAGGACCCAAGCUGUAGAAGAACAGGUACAAGCCUUGCUUGAGGCAGGGUUCAUAAGGGAGGUCAAGUACCCGUUAUGGCUACCCGACGUUGUCUUUGUAAAAAAGUCAAACGGCAAGUGGAGAAUGUGUACCAACUACACUGACCUCAAUAAGACUUGUCCAAAAGAUCCCUACCCGCUCCUGAAUAUAGACACUCUAGUGGAUGCCUCUUCUAAAUACAAGUACAUUUCCUUCACGGAUGCCUAUUCAGGAUACAACCAAAUCCCAAUGUACCCAUCCGAUCAAGAGAAGACCUCGUUCCUAAUCCCAAAAGCAACCUAUUAG